GGAAUAUUCAGAGUUGUCAGAACUGUGAAGACCUUUCAUGAGAACAGGUGAGCAAUACUUCAGGUUUAUCUCUUUUUGUUAGCAAGAGAUAGAUUUCCUGUUUGAUUAUAGUUGUUUAAAAAUGGCUCAAGAUGUAACUGAAGAAACAGAAAAUCGUCCGAAAUCUGCAACCAUUACUUCAGAAAACAAAAAAAGUGCAUCUAAACAAAAGGAAGAAAGAAUAGAAGAUAACAAGUCAACUGACUCCGAAGAAGAAGUUCUUAAUCAAGAAAUUGAAUUAUCUAAUGGACAAGAAAAUGGUGAAUCAAAUGUAGAAUUGCAAACUGGGGAAAGUAAUGGAUGUGAUGCUGAUACGGAACGUCCUGCAAGUGUUAAAAGUAAUGGCACAGUUAAUGGUUUACAAAAUGAAAAUGGACGACAGAGCAGAUCCAGUCGCGCUUCAAGCUCUACUAGUAGAAAAUCUGUUGAUGGUAGAAGUAGAGAAAACCGUGUUUCUAGUUCUCAUAGCCAUAGAAGCGAAAUAGGAGAGCGACCAGCCAGCAACACUAGCAGAAAAUCUAUUCAAAAUGGAACGGAUAGACGGACAUCAAUCGCUGAUGAUGAUGGAAAAGAAAAUCGCAUUCCCAGUAGGGAAUCUAUUCAUCGUGACAUGCAAGAAAUGACUGUGGAUGAAUCUAAAGAAAAUAGGCCUCCGAGUUCUAUUAGUCAGAGAAAUAUCAGGCUACCAUCGGAACAAGAAACAGCGAAAGACAUUGAAGAUAAUAGGCCUUUAAGUUCUGCUAGUAAACAUUCUGCUGAGUUAGCUUCUGAAACACAAAUCAAUGGCGAUUCUAACGACCAACGGCCAAAUUCCGGUAGGAAGUCAACAGAUUCAUCUGCAAAACAAGAGAUUACUGAAAACUCCGAAGAUACUACACCUUUGAGCAUUGACAGUAAACAACCUGAUGAGACAGCUUCUGAUGGACAAGUAAAUGAAGAUUCUAAUGAUUUACUCCCAACAAGUGCUAAAAGCAACAACACUAUAGAUUUAUCUACAAAACAAGAUGAUUUUGAAAAUACUGAAGAAAUGCAAUCUCAAAGUUCUUCAUGUACAAAAACACCUGAUAAUCUAGCUGAAAAUCAAGUUACUGAAGAGAAUUCUGAAACUCGUCCAGCAAGUUCUACGAGUAGAAAAUCACGAGACAAUCCAUCCGAAAGUAGACCUGCGAGUUCUACGAGUAGAAAAUCACUAGAUGAACCAUCCGAAACUCGACCUGCAAGUUCUAAGAGUAGAAAAUCACAAGCAGAUCCAUCUGAAACUCGACCUGCGAGUUCUAAGAGUAGAAAGUCACUAGAUCCAUCCGAAACGCGACCUGCGAGUUCUACAAGUAAAAAGUCACUAGAAGAUCAAUCCGAAAGUCAGACUAAUGAAAAUUCAUCAGAAGUUCGAACUUCCAGUUCAAAAAGUAGAACUUCUGUAAAAUGUGAAGCUUUAGACAAUAAAGAACAAUCACAAUUAGAGAUUUCAUCUAGUGAUGAUAAAGCUGAUGAAAAUGUCAAAGAACAAUCUGAUAUAGAAUCUACUGAAAAUGCACAAGAAAGUGAAGUAGAAUUAAACAAAACCGAAACAAAUGCCAACGAAGAUCAAACAAAUUGUGAUGAAAUUGCUCAAGAUGAGGAGCUUGCUAAAAGUUCCGAAAAUACUGAAGAUGCACAAAAAUCUGAAGAACAAGAAACAGAAUUGAUCGAUAGUGUUAACAAUGAAGUGGCUAAUUCUGCUGAAGAAAUAAAUCAACAAGAUGAAACACCAAAAGUAGAAAAUGAUGAAGUAAAUGAACAAGAAGAUAAAGAAGUGAAAAAAACAGAAAUAGAACAGUCAAACGAAAAGGAGAUAGAACAAAUGACAGAAGAUCCCACUCAACAAGACCAGGAAGAUAAUAAAGAACAAGAUAUAAUUGAAACAAAUGAACAAGAGUCUGAUCAAUCGUGUGAAGAAGUAGAACAGCAAGAAACCGAGAAGAAAGAUGAACAAGAGGAAGAAGUAGUAAAAACUGAACAAGAGGAAGAAUCAAACGAACAAGCACCAGAACAAUUAAACGAAAACGAAGAGAAAUUAAAAUUAGAAGAAAACGAAGAUGAUAAAAAAUGCGAUGAAGACGAAGUCAUUUACAUUUAUAAAAUACGAUGUACCAAAAAGUCAAUGCCUCAUUCAUGUACCGAAACGCAUAUAAAAUAA